AUGUCCCAUGGCGUAGAACAUUGGCUGCUUGUAGAACUCGCCACCUGUGCCGUUUAUGAUGAUCGGAGCAUCCAGAGGAUUAUUGUAUACGGUGGGGCCUCCUUCAAGGUUCAGAACCAUGUUCCAGUCUACCCAGCCGGUCACAAAGUUUUCGAUGUCCUGGACAAGAAAAUGCUCAUAUUUUUUAUACAGUUGUUACUAAUGCAGAGGCUGAAUGUCGACUGCUAUAAACUGCAAAGUCCGUUGAAGAGACCUACACUGGACAGAAUGUUCGCUUCGACGUCACAAAGAAAUGAUGAUGGUUUGCGGGCGUCUUACAAUAUCUCGUUACUUAUAGCAAAAUCCGGAAAACCGCAUACUGUCGGAGAGAAGUUAAUUUUGCCAGCCGUUGAAGAGGUUUUAAAAACUGUUUUACACAAACCUGCAUCUGAUAUCAUUAAAAGAAUUCCCUUAAGCAACAAUACUGUUGAAAGACGUAUUGAUGAAAUGAGUUCUGGUAUUGAAAGCUUGUUAUGUAAUUAUUUGCAAACGACCCAUUUCUCUAUACAACUGGACGAGUCAACUUUACCUGAUAAUGCAGCAUUAUUAUUGGCAUAUGUUCGUUUUAUUAUGAAUCAAGAAAUCUACGAAGAACUGCUCUUCGCAAGAACUUUGAUAACCGACACUAAAGGUUAUGUUUACAUGUGGUUUAAUAAUUAA